AUGGCGGAAAACAUAUACAGCAAAGGAACCAGAGUCUGGUUCGAGGAUAAGGAUCAUGCCUGGAUCUCUGCAGAGGUUCUCUCUGUCACCAAGGCUGCUGACGAUACCAUCAAGCUCGUCUUCGUUGACGAACGCGGAAAGGUCUUUUAUCUCUUUUCUUGGUCCUCGUUCACUACUCACUCUUUUUGUCAGGAAAUUGCCAUCAAUACCACCGGAAAAGAGAUUAAAGAUGGGAAGGAAGGCUUGCCACCUCUGCGAAAUCCUCCUUUGCUGGAGACUGCAGAUGAUUUGGCAACACUCUCACAUCUGAACGAACCUUCCGUCCUUCAUACCAUUCGCAAUCGCUACGCCCAGCACAGUAUCUAUACAUACAGUGGCAUUGUACUGAUUGCUGUCAACCCAUUCCAACGCGUCACUCUUUAUGGACCCGAGAUCAUCCAAGCGUACAGUGGGCGGAAGAGGGGGGAACUGGAGCCCCAUUUAUUUGCCAUUGCGGAAGACGCUUAUACUGCCAUGCGAAAAGAGGGGAUGGGCCAAACAAUCAUUGUAUCGGGGGAGAGGUAUUUCUAUCAGCUCACUUUUCUUUUUCAACCGCACCUCACCGCCAAGUUCAUUAUGCGUUACCUUGCGUCCGUCAACCCACCCGACGUCAACGCGAAAUCUAAAACGAAAUUCUCAUUGGACGACUCAAGCGAAAUCGAACGGCAGAUUUUGGCCACCAAUCCCAUUCUCGAGGCCUUUGGAAACGCCAAAACCACUCGCAAUGACAACUCGUCUCGCUUUGGCAAGUAUAUCCAGGAAAUUGUUGGUGCUAGAAUCCGCACAUACCUAUUAGAACGCUCGCGGAUCGUCUUUCAACCAGUCACCGAACGGAAUUACCAUAUUUUUUACCAAUUAUGCGCCGGCGCUCCCUCAAAGGAAAGGAAGGAUUUAGGACUAGACGGAGAGGUGACCAAAUUCCAUUUUCUGAAGCAAGGUGGCCCUUCCUCAACCCCAAUUGCGGGCGUCGAUGACGCGGAAGAAUUUAGAGCUACUCAGCAAGCUCUUUCGACCGUCGGCAUCAGUGUAGAGAAGCAGUGGGCCGUCUUCCGUCUUUUAGCCGCCUUGCUUCAUCUUGGAAACGUGAAGAUCACUCAGUUGCGAACAGAUGCUUCCAUGGACGACAAUGACCCCGCACUCCUGCUAGCUACUCGAUUCUUGGGAAUUAACUUGGCGGAGUUCAAGAAAUGGACGGUCAAGAAACAGAUUGUAACCCGCUCGGAAAAGAUUACUACCUCCUUAAAUGCUGCACAGGCGACAGUGGUCAGGGACAGUGUCGCUAAAUUCAUCUAUGCCUGUAUGUUUGAAUGGCUUGUGGCAAUUGUGAACGAAAGUUUAGCGGGCGAGAAUGGAGAUGCGGCGGAGCGGGCUGAAAUGUUCAUCGGAGUUUUAGAUAUUUACGGGUUUGAGCACUUCCAAAAGAAUUCUUUUGAGCAAUUCAGCAUCAAUUAUGCCAAUGAGAAAUUACAGCAAGAGUUUAAUUCUCACGUCUUCAAGCUGGAACAGGAAGAAUAUGUCAAGGAAGAGAUCAAUUGGACUUUUAUUGAUUUUUCAGACAACCAACCCUGCAUAGACGUUAUCGAAGGAAAGCUUGGAGUUUUGGCCCUGUUGGAUGAGGAGUCCCGCAUGCCAUCUGGCAGCGAUCCUUCAUUCCUUCAAAAACUCAACACGCAGAUUUUGCCCAAACCCGAAUUUAAAGCCGUCUUUAAGAAACCGCGCUUCGGGAAUUCGGCUUUCACAAUUGCCCACUAUGCGCUUGAUGUUACAUACGAAGUUGAUGGUUUUUUGGAGAAGAAUCGAGAUACUGUUCCAGACGAGCACAUGACCCUGCUUGCCUCUACCAAAAAUCCAUUCCUCAAGGAGGUUCUCGAUGCUGCUUUGAACUCUACAAAAUCUGUGGAAGGUCGACAAUCCUUUGUCACUCAAUCUUCAAAUUCGGGAUCCUUAGCAGGUUCCUCCAAGCGGCUUGGCGCUACAGGGAAGAAACCGACUCAAGGAUCAAUUUUCAAGGCCUCGCUGAUUACGUUGAUGGAGACACUCAGCGUUACUAACGUUCAUUAUAUCCGUUGCAUCAAACCCAAUGAACAGAAAAAACCCUGGGAGUUUCAACCUCAGCAGGUCUUGGGGCAGUUGCGGGCAUGUGGUGUGCUCGAGACGAUUCGUAUUAGCUGUGCAGGUUAUCCGACCCGUUGGACAUAUGAAGAGUUUUUUUUAAGGAUCGAGGCCCAACUUAUGGUGCCUAAACAGCUACUACAUGCUGAUCCAGACAUGUACCAAAAUGGCCUGACAAAGAUUUUCUUCCGUGCUGGCAUGUUGGCCGCGUUGGAAUCCCUUCGCUCGGACCGACUUAAUGCAAUGGUCACUGUUGUUCAAAAGAAUAUGCGGAGAAGAAUGGCCAUGACGAAGUACAAGAAACUUCGCCAGGCCACCAUCAAGAUACAGACAUGGUGGCGUGGUAUUCUCGCGAGAAGAUUCGUUGAAAGUAUUCGGCGAGAAGCUUCGGCGGUUCGCUUGCAGACAAUUAUUAGACGCUUUAUGCAACGAAAACGCUUCUUAGAUAUCAUACAUUCGAUCACGCUCUUCCAAAGCCUAUGCAAGCACGACAACGUUUCCUCCAAGAAAAGACAUCUCGCGCUGCUACUUUACUCCAAACUUGAUGAAUCUCGAUCGUGCGCAUCUCUCAUACUUCAGCUCAGAACCUCCCGUCGAUGCUUCCGCUCCGAUGUUCGCAAUGUUAUCUAUAUCCAGUCUUGUAUACGCCGCCGCUUAGCUCGCAAAGAAUUGAAGGCCUUGAAAGCAGAAGCUCGAUCUGUCUCCAAGUUCAAAGAGAUAUCAUAUCGCUUAGAAAAUAAGGUUGUCGAACUUACUCAAAGUUUGCAAGAACGGACCGCUGAGAGGAAGAAGCUUCAAUUGCAACUCGCUGAGGUCGAGCAACAGCUACAGCAAUGGAUCAAUCGUCACGAGGAAUCUGAUGCGCGGGCGAAACAGUUCCAAGCCGCUCUGCAAGCGACAGAGGCUGAGCUGGCACUUAGAGAUGAGAUACUUCAAGCGAAAGCGGACGCUGAGAAGAAAUUGGAGGAGGCCAUCGCAAGGACCACCGAGAAGGAAGAAAUGAUUCAAAAAUUAACAGAUGAUAUUAUUCGCCAAGCGUCUCGACUGGAAUCUCAACAAAGAACUAUCGACGCUGCUCCCGUUCGGAAUCAGGAAGACAACUCUGUUAUUAUGACGCUCAAGAACGAAGUCAGCAGUCUUCGCGAACAACUAAAUAGGUCCAACGCUCUGAACGUCCUUACCAGGGGCUCCCGGGCUGACCCCCCACUUUCUCCAACAUUCGCCCCAACUUUGCGGCUUGGUGACGUGAGUAAUCAAGCGAACGGCCAUCCAGUUGGCGGUGCCCCAGCUCGCGGACAUCAACGAAGACACAGCUCUGCAGGCGUUUUCUCGCUCGCUCCGCAAGAUCACCGCACAUCCACCGAUGAAAUUAUGAUUGACGUCAAAAAGGAUCAUGCAAUGAACCCGCGAGCAGUUUCUGUCGCCUUCAAUGGCGAAGAUAACUAUCUUCGACUCCGCAGCUCCAACGGACUGCCAGAUAUACGUGAUUCUGAUGAUCCUGCAGAAGAGAAGAUCAGACUAAUGCAGGAUGUGAAGCGGUUGGACGAAGACGUCCUUGAUGGGCUCAUUCGCGGACUUAAGAUUCCCGCGCCCAGUCUGAACAAUCCAUCGGCCGUCAAGGAGAUUCUGUUCCCUGCCAACUUGAUCAGUCUUGUGACUAAUGAGAUGUGGAAAUACGGCCUCAUUCCGGAAAGCGAGAGAUUCCUAGCAAAUGUGAUGCAAUCGAUCCAGGCUCAUGUCAUGUCGUUUACCGGAGAAGACGCCAUCAUUCCAGGCAUUUUUUGGCUCUCCAAUGUUCACGAGAUGCUAUCGUUUAUUUGUGUUGCAGAAAGUGAUAUGCUGCAAGGUAUCGGUCCAGGAGAAGAGAACGCGGUCCGACCAUUCGACUGGAAUGAUUACGAACGAUUGGUAUCUGUAGUCAAGCAUGAUCUUGACAGCCUGGAAUACAACAUCUAUCAUACCUGGAUGCUGGAAACGAAGAAGAAACUGUCCAAGAUGGUGAUUCCUGCAUUGGUUGAAAGUCAAUCAUUGCCGGGAUUUACGACAAACGAUGGCGGCGGACGCUUGUUCAAUCGUCUCCUCCACUCCAACGCACAACCAGCUUUCAGCAUGGACGACAUUCUCAAUUUGUUGAACAAAGUUUGGAAGAGCUUGAAGAGCUACUACAUGGAGGAGAUUGUAGUGCAGCAGGUCGUCACCGAGCUUCUCAAACUCAUUGGUGUCACAAGCUUCAAUGAUCUUCUAAUGAGACGGAAUUUCUCAUCAUGGAAACGAGCGAUGCAAAUUCAGUACAAUAUUACCCGCAUAGAAGAGUGGUGUAAAUCACACGACAUGCCGGAAGGUACACUCCAACUGGAGCACUUGAUGCAGGCCACCAAAUUGCUCCAGCUGAAAAAGGCUACUGCAGCUGACAUAGAAAUCAUUUAUGAUGUUUGCUGGAUGCUGAGUCCAAUGCAGAUACAACGAAUGUGCACAAACUACUAUGUUGCGGACUAUGAGAAUCCCAUAUCACCCGAAAUUCUACGUGUCGUGGCAUCACGUGUUCAAGCUAAUGACCGAAAUGACCACCUGCUUCUUUCACCAGAGACGGAAGAGGUGGGCCCUUAUGAACUACCGCUCCCCCGAGAAGUAUCGGGACUGGAGACGUACGUACCUGCAUAUCUUAAUGUUUCUCACUUGAGACGCUUGGCAGCGUUAGUUGCAUAG